CUUCGGCCGCUGAGCAUUUCCUCCCGAAACCACAGCUGCGGAGCCACCAAGUGCAUGGGGCGCAACACUUCCCCUUGUUGUGGGAAGUAGAGUAGCCGUCCCUCCCCCCCUUUUCUUUUCCUUCGGCUUGUCCUGGGAGCCUUUCCCUUUGGAGCAGCCGCCGUCCCGCGUCUGUCGUGUGCUCCGAGCAGGGUAGGAAAGUUCAUCAGCUUGAUGAUGGAGGAGAACAAUGACUCCACCGAGAGCCCCCAACAAGGCCAAGGGCGGAACAAUGCCAUGAAGUGCGGGUGGCUGAGGAAGCAAGGAGGCUUUGUCAAGACUUGGCAUACUCGCUGGUUUGUGCUCAAGGGAGAUCAGCUCUAUUAUUUCAAAGAUGAAGAUGAAACGAAGCCCUUGGGUACCAUCUUUCUGCCUGGAAAUAAAGUCCUUGAGCAUCCCUGCAAUGAAGAGAGCCCAGGAAAAUUCCUUUUUGAAGUAGUUCCAGGAGGCGAUCGAGAUCGGAUGACAGCAAACCAUGAGAGCUACCUCCUUAUGGCGAGCACCCAGAAUGAUAUGGAAGACUGGGUUAAGUCCAUCCGCCGAGUCAUAUGGGGACCUUUUGGAGGAGGCAUUUUUGGACAGAAACUGGAAGACACUGUCCGUUAUGAGAAGAGAUAUGGGAACCGUCUGGCUCCAAUGCUGGUUGAGCAGUGUGUGGACUUUAUCCGACAAAGGGGGCUGAAAGAAGAGGGUCUCUUCCGGCUGCCAGGCCAGGCUAACCUCGUCAAGGAGCUCCAGGAUGCCUUUGACUGUGGAGAGAAGCCAUCAUUUGACAGCAACACGGACGUACACACAGUGGCGUCACUUCUUAAACUCUAUCUCCGAGAACUUCCAGAACCAGUCAUUCCUUAUGCAAAGUAUGAAGGUUUUUUGUCCUGUGCCAAACUGCUCAGCAAGGAAGAAGAAGCUGGUGUUAAGGAAUUAGCAAAGCAGGUGAAGAGUUUGCCAGUGGUCAAUUACAACCUCCUGAAGUAUAUUUGCAGGUUCUUGGAUGAAGUACAAUCCUAUUCUGGAGUUAACAAAAUGAGUGUGCAGAACUUGGCCACUGUCUUUGGCCCUAAUAUCCUGCGCCCCAAAGUGGAAGAUCCUUUGACCAUCAUGGAGGGCACUGUGGUGGUCCAGCAGUUGAUGUCAGUGAUGAUUGGCAAACAUGAUCGCCUCUUCCCCAAAGAUGCAGAACUGCAAAGCAAACCCCAAGAUGGAGUGAGCAACAACAACAAUGAAAUUCCAAAGAAAGCCACCAUGGGUCAGCUACAGAACAAGGAGAACAAUAAUACCAAGGACAGUCCUGGUAGGCGGUGCUCUUGGGACAAGUCCGAGUCUCCCCAGAGAAGCGGCAUGGAUAAUGGAUCCCCCACAGCUCUACCAGGUAGUAAAACCAACAGCCCAAGGAACAGCGUUCACAAGCUGGAUGUGUCUAGGAGCCCCCCUCUCAUGGUCAAAAAGAAUCCUGCCUUCAAUAAGGGCAGUGGGAUAGUCACUAAUGGGUCCUUCAGCAGCAGUAAUGCAGAAGGUCUGGAGAAAACCCAAACCACUCCCAAUGGGAGCUUACAGGCCAGAAGGACCUCUUCCCUGAAGGGGUCUGGUACCAAAAUGGGCACCCACAGUGUACAGAACGGAACGGUGCGAAUGGGCAUUUUGAACCCCGACGCUCUUGGGAGCCCCAUGAACGGUCGUAGCAUGAGCUGGCUGCCCAAUGGCUAUGUGACCCUGAGGGAUAACAAGCAGAAAGAGCAAGCCGGAGAGUCAGGCCAGCACAACAGGCUCUCCACCUAUGACAACGUCCAUCAACAGUUCUCCAUGAUGAACCUUGAUGACAAGCAGAGCGUCGACAGCGCCACCUGGUCCACUUCCUCUUGUGAAAUCUCCCUCCCCGAGAAUUCCAACUCCUGUCGCUCCUCCACCACCACCUGCCCAGAGCAAGACUUUUACGGGGCUAAUUUUGAGGACCCUGUUUUGGAUGGGCCCCCGCAGGACGACCUCUCCCACCCUGGGGACUAUGAAAACAAGAGUGACCGGAGGAGUGUGGGAGGUCGAAGUAGUCGUGCCACCAGCAGCAGCGACAACAGUGAGACAUUUGUGGGCAACAACACCAGCAACCACAGUGCACUGCACAGUUUAGUGUCCAGCCUGAAACAGGAGAUGACCAAACAGAAGAUAGAGUAUGAGUCCAGGAUAAAGAGCUUAGAACAGCGAAACUUGACUUUGGAAACAGAAAUGAUGAGCCUCCACGAUGAACUGGAUCAAGAAAGGAAAAAGUUCACAAUGAUAGAAAUCAAAAUGCGAAACGCCGAGCGAGCAAAAGAAGAUGCCGAGAAAAGAAAUGACAUGCUUCAGAAAGAAAUGGAGCAGUUUUUUUCCACGUUUGGGGAGCUGACAGUGGAACCCAGGAGAACCGAGAGAGGAAACACAAUAUGGAUCCAGUGAGCCUGCUUGCUCCCGCUGUCUCCGAUGGAUCUGGGAAGGGCUCUGGGGUUCUGGUGGGAACAUUAUCUGGGAUCAGGUGCUGGUCCCCUGCUGUACAGUGCUCUAACUGGUGAAGGAAUAUCAUUUACAGACAUUACCCAUCCAUAUCUGCAAUGUGUACCAAAGUUAUAUCAUGCCCCCUAAUGCUACUGUCAAGUGUUACAACUGGAUAUGUGUAUAGAGAGUAGUUUUUAAAAAGUAAACUAAAAAUGAGAAGCAUAUCUCAAGAAUUAUUUUAUUGCAAGUCUUGUAUUUAAAAUGUUAAAUCAAUACAUUGUUGCAAUUUAGCUUGCUUUCAAGCUUCACCCCUUGCACUUAACAUAAGCUAUUUUUGGCAUUGUGUUAUCAUCAGCUUAUUUUAUAGAUCGAUAUUUUUAUUUCCCCUUUUGCUGAGGAAAUGAAGAUAAGCAGAUAUAUAAAUAUAUAUAAAUACGUAUCAGAUGAGUUAUUAAAAUCAAAAGAGUACUUUGUGGCUGUGCUGUUUGUGUUAACAGACCUCGCCAUGACCAAAAAGAGAAAUGUAAACGGUUUUAUAAAAUACAGUAGAAUCACCAGGAACCUUUGAUUUGCUCUUUAAAUUCUUCCGUCGCCACUGCUCAGUUUUUCUUUGUGAGGUGACUUGACACAGAGAAUUUUGGAUUUUGUAAAAAAAGGCCCCUUCUCAAGGCCUGUUGUCUGCCUGGCCAGUCCCACAGAUGCAUGUCUCCUGUGCAGAAUGCACUUAAGAGAGGGAAAUUGUACAAGCAUUUAAGGAGUCACGCCAUGAAUUACUCUGGCCUUCUGAACUGAGUCUCUGCAAUGGCUAGAUGGCUUGGAGAACCGUUCUUCCCGCUCUCUGGAGGUUGAGAAGCAACGCUCGCUACACUACGCCACAGGAACACCUCUGUCCUCUCAGACCUUUUCUCCAUCCCCCAGCAAACACACCUUGCAAUGCAGGCAGUGAGAUGGCGUGCCCGUGACCCUCUCGGUUAAACUGCUGGCCUGUGUGCUACAUAGUGACAUGUUUCUCUCACUCAGGCCUACUAUUCUGUUGUCACCUGGGAUUCUGUCCCCAGGACUGCUGGCAAAGGCAGGGGAUGGAGUGGAUAGCCCAGAAGGAGAAGGAGACAAGUUUGGGAGAAAAACCAACCAUUUGGCCUCUAAUUUUUACAAUAUUGUUCCUCCCAGUUGAAAACGUAUUUGUUCACAAUAAUUUUAAGACGUGAAUGCUUCAAGGUCCAAUUUUGACAAGUUUAUGCACAUGAGUGAUGGUGACCGUCUAGAGGAGCCCAAGGCUCUCUGGAGCUAGAGUUUGGGGAGAACAACUCUUCAUACUCCAAUAAGGCAAUGAUUUUAAGAAGCCAGGCAAGUAAAUAUUUCUCACACUAGAACAAAAAUUCACAAAAGGCAUAACUGGAAAUAAAGACUGCUUGAGUUUAUAGGAUUGUGUUGUUAGAAGGUUCUAUGUCUGUGUUUACUUACUUAUUUUCAAAGGGGAAAACAGUCUUUAGAGCAUCCAACCUUGUCACCAUUCACUUUUGUGUAUAUCCUUCCACCAAGCAAACUUUUGUGGUCCCUGGGUUUUAACCACUAUCUAUAACAAUGAUAUCUUCUUCACCUUUGGUUUCCUGUUCUCCCUCUCUUUCCGAUUCUUUAACCAGAUACUUCCACCUGGAUAUCAUAUAGAAAAGUUAAACUCAAAAUGUACGAUGUUGAUCUCAAUGGGUCUCUCUAUAUACAUUUCCAUUUCUUCCCAGUCCCUGUCCUAGCGAAUGAAAACAUUGGACAUCCAAGGAGUUGAAGGAUGCAUGUAUCCUUCAUCAAAAGCCAUGCAGUUACCCUGCCUGCAUUUAGAUUUUCCACAAAUCACUAACUGUGACUGAGACUUCUAGGCAUCACUUUUUUCGCUGUAGACUGGGAAUAACAAAGAUACUCCCCUCAUGGACUUGUUACAUGGUUUCAAUAAGGUAGAUGAUGUGAAAGCUGAGCACAGCAUGUAGUGGACAGAAAGGAUACCCUGAAUGUUCAUUCUCAUUUUUCUCUCCACUCUUCUUCACUCUUGAAUUCACUCACCAAGUACCAUCCAGUCCACUCAUCCCUGCCUUUUGAGUCUACUCUCUUUGAUCAGUUCCUCCUCAUCUUUGAUGAAAGCAUCUCUCCUUUUGCAGGGUGCCCCUUCUAGACCACCCAUCUGACCAUAUCAUGGCCUUGCUACCUAGUAUCAUGUGAAGACUCUCACCUGCCCACAGGAUAUGCCCUUCACAUGGUGUAGAAGACUGUGACCUGCAGUUUUAUUUGUAUCUCCUACCACUUUCCCCACCCCUACCAUACCAUUUCGUGCCUCUGGAAAUUUCCACCUUCUAUUGUCAUGUCCAUCUUCACUACCUUCCUUCUACCUGGCACAGUCCUACCCUUUUUUUUUUUUAAAGAGCCAAAUCAAAUGUCAGUUCCCCUAUAAAGUUUCUAGGAUCUCAACUCAGAAUUAAUUACCUCGUGCUCCCAUUUUGUGUAUAUAUCUUUUAGUCUUUUCCACAUCUGAUUAUUUUCUUCACCAAUAAGAAACAUUUUAGGAAGCAGCAUGGUAGAAUGGAAAUAGCAGGAAACAGAGAGCCAAACAGACCUACACAUGCACCUUGACAUGCCUUAGGCAAAGAUGCACAGCAAUGAAUGACAAGUCAUUUAACUUUUCUGAGCCUCAGUUUUUUCAUCUGUAAAGUGGAGGCAAUAAAUCCUACCAAAUAGGGACAUUGUAAUAUUUAAAAGUGAUAUGUAAUGUGACUAUCCCAGUGACUGCCAGUUAGCUCUCUUGAUAGCUCUAUUAAUAAAUGGAGCUUCCUAACCUAAGAGAGUAGAAUUGUAUUUUACUGAUCUUAAAUCCCUCCAUCUCCACCCUUUAUUCCAUAGAGUGCCAGCAUGGAGAGUUAGCCAUAAAUCUGAUCUUUGAUUAAUGAGGGAUGCUGCUGCUAAUUUUAAUUAUCAAUCUCAGUGAUGAUGACCUUCGAUUGAUGGAUACCAUGAGUAGCUUUUUCAUCUGGGUUUCCUUUAGUUCUUCCAUUAAUUCAGCUAGAGGCCCAGAAAAUAUCAACUACAAAUUGACAAAAAUAAAAUGGAAAUAAGUAGAUAGUAUCAAGAGUUCAUUUGCUACAUCCUGUAUAGACUUCUUUAAAACUAUUUAGGUAACUAGAAUGAUUCUUAAAUUAUGAGCUCAGGAGAAAGGAUUUGCUUCCAAGUGUUGGGUCUAUAAUGUUGGUUUCACUAGCCAAACCAUAUGGCUAGGUAUCCUCCAGAGAACAUUUAAAAGAGAAUUGUGUAUGACAGUAGGCCAACUGAAGUCUAUGCUUCUUAAAUGUUGUUUCUAUAUGUCAUUUUAUUAUGAAAUGACUAAAAACUUGAAGGGAAAUUUAAAUAAUCUCAUUCCUAUUUAUUUAUUCACAAGCUGAGCCUUAAAUUAAAAAAAAAAAAAUAAGUCAUUUCCAGGCAGGAUAGUUUAAAUCAUUGAUAUAAUUAUCGCCCCUGGGAAAUUCAGGAGAAUUUAAAGACUGUGAUACUGGCCAUAAACCUCAGUGUUCCUUUCAUUGCAGAAUAGCAUCCUGCUUAAAGUAGCAUCACAGAAAAUGAUAUGCAUAAUAUCGGAAUCAGAGACCUGGAUUUCAAAUCUCAGUUCUACCACUUUGUAGCUAUAAGAAUUUAAGAAAAGUUACAUGAUGUUGGUAAGCCUCAAUUUGUUUUUCUGUAAAGUAGGAUAAUACUAGAGUCUCCUCCUUAUUGGGUUUUUUGUUUGUUUGUUUGUUUGUUUGUGUUUGUUUGUUGUUGUUGUUGUUGUUUUGAGAAAUGACUAAGUUAACUGACUCCCACAGUACAUAUUGUAAGUGCUCAAUAAAUGGUAGCUGUCAGCCCUCAAAUUCUUUCUACUGAAAGGGUAUUCCAGCUUCUAGAAAAUAGAGUUCUGGCCUCAAGAAUUUGGCCAGCAUGGUCACCAACAGAGGAUAUAAUUCUGUCCUUGUCCCAGGAGCACUAAUCUUACCUUUGCCCGGAUAAUCCUCCAGAGAUUUGAUGGCAAGGAAGAGAUAACCCAAGGUGUCCUUUCUCCCCGAGAUCAUACAAUUACAUCCAUGAUCUGAGAAUAAUGUCCCAAGAAUCACCCAUAACUGUCUCACAUCAACUCUCUGUGGACACUGAAGAUUAUGUUCAGUUUUAAAGGUAUUGGGUAAAAGACAAUGAAAGUCUAAGAAUAUAACCAGUGAAUGUGCCUAGAUUCACAUCAGCAUCACCAUUAGUGAAUAUUGAUUGAAGGCCUCCACAUGCCCCACCAGCACUAGACUUGGUGCCUGGGGUAUCUAGUGUAUAAAUAACUACCGCAUACGAUGAUGUUCUGUGAAAGUAGUUCGAGGUCACAAAAGUGAGGCUGGGAAAGGCACUGCAGAGCCAUGACUAUGAGUCCUAAAGAAUAAGUAGGAAGUUAUCAGAGAGCUUAGCAGUUUGGGUCAGGGGCUCCCCUAGUCCAUGGAGAAGUAUGUGCUUAAGUGCCUUCAGGGCAGACCCUAGGGGGCCUUUCUAGUGAAAUAAAAGUGACCUAUUGGGGCACCUGGGUGGCUCAGUCGGUUAAUCGGCUGCCUUCGGCUCAGGUCAUGAUCCCGGGGUCCUGGGAUCGAGUCCCACAUUGGGCUCCUUGCUCAGUGGGGAGUCUGCUUCUCCCUCUGCCUGCUGGUCCCCCUGCUUGUGCUCUCUCCCACUCUGAAAAAUAAAUAAAAUCUUUAAAAAAAAUGACCUACUAAAUGUGCACCAUCAGGGUGGUCUUGGGCAUAAUGACUCACUCACACACCACCAGGAGAUCAGAAAACAGCACCCAGGCAGCUUCCACCCUUUUGUUCAAAUAAAGCAGCCCGAGCCAGACACAUUCUGACUUGUUGGAACUCACAAAGCACAGAAUAAGAGUGUGGACUUGUAGCUCCCAAAGGCCUAUUUCAUUAUUCUCUUUAUAGUCUUUUUAAUUGCACAAGUAGAGAAUGAGUUGACUGGCCAGCUUAAAAGCUCCUUGCUGCAAAACAACGUGAAGAACUAACAGCUCCCCAAGCUGUGGAAACCUACCAAACCUACUGUAGAUCUUCGAAUAGAAAGUUUAGCAGAUGUAAGUGUGUUUUUUAAUGCGCCAUUUGUGGCUUGGGUCCAGGACUGAAUAAUAGUCUUAAUUUAUGGACCAUGUGUAGCUGCUACCUUUCGGGCCCCUGGAGAGCUAAAGCACAUGGAGACCAGCCCAUUUAGGGAGGGUUACAUUUCUCAAGUAGAAAGUACUGUAUCGUUUGAAUAAGGAGUUAAAUUGGCCCUCAGCAUACUACCUGUUUUUGUGGACACUAUGCCCCUUCCAUCCCUCACACACAUUCCCUGCCUCCUCAUGAUUCAUUAGAAUCCAUUACAUACCACACCAAAGCAAUCUCUAGAGUUGGGCCAUCUUGCCCUCAUCCUUGAUCACCUAUUGCCAAAAUCAUCCAAAUCACAUGUCAUUUGCCUUCGCUAUUAUGCUUAUCCCCAUAUUGCUCAGCAUAUUCCCUCAUUCGCUUCAAACUCUGAUUCCCUCUCUACUCCUACUAUUCCCUCUCUACUUUCCAUUAUAUGUUCUAGAACCUUCCAGCUGCCAUCAUCCUCCCCUAAAUCUUUUCUGAAAUAUGGUUACUGCUUCUUGCAGCCCUCCCAAGGAUGGCCAUUUUCCCUUCCCACAAUCUGCAUGUCAUUAGCCUGAAGGGGAGGGGUAGGUCUUGCUUUGCUCUUUGAUGCUACUUCCAGAACUUAGAUCCUCCCACUCCCCUAAUAACUCCAUAGAAGUACAUGUCACAUGACCAAUUAUUUUAGCACCUAAUCAACUGGUUUCCCCCCCAAACCACCACUCCUCUGCCAUCCACCAACUUGGCCACUCAGCUCCUUGAGCUGCUCACUUCUGAAAAUCUUGAUCUCCCCCUGCAUGAACAUCAACCACCCAUGCCCACAGUUUUCCUUAUUCCAUACCAUUACCAAUAACUGCACCAUUGCCAAAACUUCCAUUUCAAGCAUUCACUGUCUCAUUAUCACCUAUCCCCUUCUUAGGUCUUUCCUUUAGCACCAUCACUCCAACAAUUUUUAGAAACUCCCAAAGAGGCGACAAGCCAUUGACUUUGCUAAUGGCGAUCAUCCCCUCAGGUUAUUGCUUCCCUCCCUGACCAGCUCAGCUUCAGUGGUUCCUCACCAUAAUUAUUCUUUUCCUUAUUCCCAAAUCCCUACAUAUUCUCUUCCACCACUGUACUCAUCAGGUAAGGAAAAACACCCAGCUCAACUCUCCUAACUCCAAUUCCUUCUAAUUCCUAACCUGCACCUGAGAAACUAAAUAUGGCUAGAGAGCAAAAGGCCACCAUGUUGACUUGUCCCACUUAUAGCUAUAUAAAUAUGGUUCACAUGGCUCUCAUCACUGUCUAGUAACUUAACUUCAUACUUUUCAAGGUCAAUGUCACACUUCUCAAACCUCCAUAAGCUCUUUCCCUUCACAUUCUCAGCUAGUAACAUUACUUAUAUAACCUAACUUACUGAUAACCUGUUUUUAAUGAGAAAACAAUACCAGAAGAGUAUGUCCUUAUGUUCCAUCCUCAUAUCCACCCAACUGUCUACAGGCAAUCUGUACAUAAGACCAUACCUCCUGCUACAAUGACUGUGCCACCUGCUCUAACCAAGCCAAGUGCCCCUCCCAUACAGACGUACACAUCCCUCUGGCCUUUUCAAGCACAUUACUGCUUCAAAUAAAUAUUCUUUCUCUCUUAUAUUAUGAAUUUUGCUCUUUACAUAUUAGUCCUAUCAACAUAAACCCACGCUAUAAUAGCUUUCUUAAAAUUCUCUCAUGUCAUAUUUAUGUCUAAUUUCCACUUUCCAGAAAAAAAUUCUUGAAUUUUCUCUACCUAUUUCUAAUUCCUCACUUCCCAUGUUCUCUUGAACUCACUAGAGUCAUGCUUUCUUGCUCAAUACUGCAGAGAACAUGCUCUAAUAAAGGUCAGCAAUGACCUUCAUAAAAAUCAAGUCCAGUUGUGAGUCUUCAGUCCCCAUCUUCUUCAGCCACUCAGCAGCAUUGUCCCAGGUGCCCAACCCCUCAUUUUUUAAACACCUUUACUUGGCUUCCAGGAUAGCACACUUUCCUGGUUUUUGCCUCACUGGACAUUCCUCAGGAUACUCAAAUGUUUGUUAACUUCUAUAUGUUGGAACAAGAGGGGCCUCCAUCUUUGGACUUCUCUUCUUUAUCUACCCUCAGUCUCUUGGUGAUCUAUAGUCUCAUGGUUAUAAAUAACACUUACGGGGCACCUGGGUGGCUCAGUUGGUUGUCUGCCUUCGGCUCAGGUCAUGAUCCCAGGGUCCUGGGAUCAAGCCCCACAUCGGGCUCCCGGCUCGGAGGGAAGCCUGCUUCUCCCUCUCCCACUCCCCCUGCUUGUGUUCCUGCUCUCACUCUCUCUCUCUCUGUCAGAUAAAUAAAAUUAAAAAAAAAAAAAAUAAGUAACACUUACAAGCUGAUUAUGCACAGAUUUAUGUUUCAGCUCAACUUCUUCCCUUAGUCCAGCCUCGUAGACACUCCUGCUACUUCACUAGGGUAUCUAAUAAAUAUCUCCAACUAACAUUUCCAAAAAAAGUAUGAUUUUCUUCCCAAAUGUGCUCCUAACCCAUUGUUUACCACUUCGGUCAAGCACACCAUUACUUACUUGAUGGUUUAGAUUUUUAAAAAUUCUGGAAUUAUCCCGAUCUCCUUCUUUCAUAUCACAUAUCAAUCCAUCAGCAAAUGUUGUCAACUUUGCCUUCACAAUACAUCUUAGUUUUGUCCUCUAUCCACCCCUUCCCAGCCCCUCCACUCUCUAGUCCAAGCCCCAUGGUAUCUUUCUGUGCUACCGUUAUAUCUUACAAGAGCCUCUUUGUCCCCAUUCUUAUCUUUCUUCUCAACCUCCUCUCUCUACUCAGCAGCCAGAGAGAUCCUUUUAAAAAGAAAAUUUAGAUUAUAUCAUUUCCCUGCUCAAAUCUAUCCAUCAUCUUCCUAUAUUUAGAAUAAAAUCCCAAGAUCUUGCCAUGCUCUCACCCCUGCCUAACUCUUCAAUUUCACUUACUAUCACACUUUCUCUUGUCCAUUUUGCUUCACCCACACAAGGCUUUUGGUCAUGCCAUACACACACACACACACACACACACAAACACAGGCUCUCACUCCAGGGCUUUUACCCAUAUAUAUAUAUAUAGGUUCUUACCCCAGGGCGCUUGUACUUGCUUUUGCCUCAAAUACGAAUACGGCUCACUCUCUUACUUUAUUUGGGUCUCUGCUCAAAUAUCAUAUUUUUUGAGAGGCCCUCCCUGACCACCUCAUCUAAAUAGUAUCCCUUAUCAAGCCUUAUCCUUUUAACCUACUUUGUUUUGUUUCUUAACGCUUUCCACUACCUUAUUCCCCCAUUAGAAUAUAGACUAAAUAAAGGCAAGAAGAUUGCCUGAAUUCAUCACAACUGUGUGUGCCAAGAACAGUCCUUGAGUAACUGAAGUGCUCAGUCAAUAUUUGUGACGUGAACCGGUGAGUGUGAAUGCUCAGAGCUCAAUGUCCAAUUUCUGGUUCAGAUAUCCAGGGAUGUUCUGAGUUGGAAUUUUUAAUAAAAAAUAACUAAAUUCUGUCUUAAGUCAUUGCAGGGCUCCACUCAUUACCCACAGACUGCACAAAUUUCAGAGAUUUGGCUUCCUAUGAGAGUAUCACUACAGAGAGACUCCAGUAUCCAUUGUGAUGUCAUUUGCUGAUUAGAGAUUUCGGUGCCAGAAAUAUGAGCCUCGAGCCCAGCCUCUGAGCUUACUCACUCUCAGAGGAAACUGUAUCAAAAUAAACGUCAUGUAAUGCAGAAAAGAAACAUCAUGUUGUUUUUGGUUUUUGGUUUGUUUGUUUUGUUUUGUUUUUUGGCCUCAGAAACUUUUAUCUAUUCUUUUCAGGAUACCGAUACCGUAAGUCGUUGAUAAGGUCUCAGGGUGUCAUCACAUUUCUCCCUUUAUCCGGAGACUGACAUUUGUUUAAAACAUACCAAAAGAUAGCAGUCUACCAUUUAAUUAAAGGAACAAGAGUGCAGAUACACAUAUUUCCCC